UACCGCGCACCGCAGUUUGAGCACCACCUGCUCUGUGCUACGACCAGUAGCUCGGUCUGAUCAGUCGAAGGGUCGAAACUCGUUGCAGCAUGCGUACCGAGCACGCUCCGGAGUCGGGGAGUGCAAGCUCUUCGACAGCUCACAGCGCGCGAAUCGACGGCGCUGAGCAGACAGUAGGGUCGAUUUGUUGUGGGUUGGGAUGAUGAAGGGAUUUGUAAAGCAAAGACGUAUCAGAGACGUUGGUGCCUCGACGCCCAGAAGAUUCGGGAGCGAGCUCGACCGAAUCCCUUCGAACUUCGCCGUCGGAUCCUAAUGGAAGUAAAGCAACGCGAUUGACCAAGGAAAUGCAAGAGGAAGAAGAGCCAAGCGUCAAGAUUCGAAGUCAGCCAGGUGAUAGCUCGUGCUGUGGUACCAGUAAAAGGCAUACAAACAAAGCUGACUUCUGGUCGGAGUGGUGAGGCACUGACAGCAGAGUCGCCGAGCGGAUACCGUCAUAGGAUGCUAGCCAGCUGUCUAGGGCAAGUGUCGCCCACAGUCUUGCCCAGCUAGCAGGCUCGUUGCACAGAGCUGUACGUGACGGAGUUGGGAGAAGGGGAAACGUUCCGACGUUGGGCUAAGCUGGGCAAGUCAUGAUGUCUGUGCUUGUCUCGGAUGAGAAUGAGCCAGACAUUGCCGCUGGCGAGCGAUGCUCGGUGACUGCGAUGCUUCGACCCCGCUUGAGGAAGGUUGACCGUGCAAAACUGUCCGAAUGCUGCGAGAUGCUGCGAGAGGAGCGGUCAUCGACUUUCGUCGCCCGUUGGUCAAGCAGGGCUAAACGGAUGCGGUAGGAAGCAAAGCGGCGGCCUUGCGUCGUCUGAGACUUGUGCGGGGAACUUUUGCUGCGAGAGAGCGCCACGGCGUCCACCACUCUGCGCAUUCAAGAACCGAGGAAGUUCGGCUCGCGCUCACAAGGUGCUCGUCGGAUGAGAUGCGGAUCAUGCGAAUGCGGUCUCAUUGAUUGUGCACAGCUGGAAGCAUCCGAUCCCACAGUCCGAGGCUGCCCAGAGCGCGACCGCCAUAACCCCGCCGCAAUCACAUCGCGCAUCAGCGCUCAGUGCAGCCUCGAGAACUCACACGAGAUGACGAUAGAAACCACAUCUUUCGCACCGCUGCCUCCUCCCACUGACCACUCUGCACUUCACACUCUCAACUGCUCGACGAAAGCGAGGUACUUUCCAGGGUUCGAACAGAGCUGCCGAGAAGCUCGUUGCUGCGCAGAGGAUCUGCAAGAUGUCUGCACGAAGCCCGAUGCGGAGCAUGAAUUUUCAAGCCUUGAAGUGGCAUACCGGUACCGGUACAGUAGUGACCAUGGGGCGGUAGUGGAGACCAGCUGAACGGUGCAAUGCAGUGACGAAUGGACGAGGGUGCCAAGAUCUAAGUAGGGCAGAUGGCCUAGCUAGGCAUUUGGGCAGAGGAGGAGGAAGUGCUGAGAAAGGUGGGCCGGGUGAAAGGAAGGUAAGGGGAAGGGUAGGGUGAGAUGACAUGGCGCAUAAGUCGGCAGGCGCGGUCGUGGCUAGCAGUCACAGUGGUGAGUUGUGCGUCUGAGUGUGCGCGCGGGCUGGCCGCGUCCUGGCUGCGGUGCUCGAUCACAAAGCAAGACAAGCGUGUGAGACAUGUAGAGGUUGGUGUGGUAAUCACGAGGGC